GGGUUCAGUACACUUGCAGGCCAUCCACCAUCAUGGCUCACGGAGCAGCUAAACGAAUUGCGCUACAGAAUGAACAGGCCCUCCGAAAUCUGAGGCUUGGAAUGUUCAUCCCCACCCUCCUCUCUGCAGUCUUCCGUCUUUUAUUCCGGCGAAGCUCUCUUCCUCCAUCCAAGGGCUCGCUGGCACUCUACGUUGUGACGUAUCUCCCUGCCUUAUUCCUUUCACGCUAUCUUGAAAGGAUGGGCACUACAAGACGGGACCCAACAACUGGAGCACUCAUCUCUCCCGGAGAAGACCUUAAUCAACCGGGAGUAACAGAAUGGUGUUUCGAUAUACUUUAUGUCACAUGGGCGUGUCAGAUCAGCAGUGGGGCGUUCGGUGAUUGGGUUUGGUGGUUCUACCUUGUGAUCCCAUUGUACGCCGCAUACAAACUAUGGAGUAACUUCAUUGGGCCAAUGCUCGGUUGGUCCCGUGGUGCGAGCUCUCAGGCCGCGGAAGGGGGUGGCGAGAAGGAAACGGUCAGCAAAAGGCAAGAAAAAUUACGAAAACGCUCAGAACGGGGUGAUCCACGUAUCCGCUCUGUGCGAAAGUAGUCCUAUCUGCAUUUGUUAAAAGAACUUCCACACUUGUUUUCGAUAUUCUGUGACUACACAGUGCAAGCUUGCGAUCCAAAUAUAGAUGACUACUUUGUGA